UACCCAGAGUUCCAGACGCGCUCUGCAGCAGACAUCGAAGAACCCUACUUCAUGGCCAAGACGCAGCAGCAGCCGUGGUUGGUACAAUUCAACGGGACAAGCAAACCCGUCUUCGUCGCGCCAUUCGACGGAUGUCGCCGCUGGGACGAGACACCGGACAUGCCGGUUUUGCAAGGAAAACGAUGCCUCGGCCGGGACGGAGACUGGUCGCUCAUGCUGGACGACCGCACCAACGAGUGCUCCCUCGUGAACUUCGCUGAUACGUCGCCGUCGGCCCCCAUCGUGAUCGCUCUCCCGCCGUUGCCUGACGAGCCAAAGCUGCAUCUACAGUUCGGCUGCGCGCUCUCGGGGCAAACCCCGCCCGACUGCACCGUCGUGCUCGACUUCGUCGGGGAGACGUUCCUCCUCCACUGCCGCCCCGGUGACCCCGAGUGGUCCCGUCUUCCUGUGGAGCUCGUCGAGGAGAAUGAUUGGUUCGACGGCCCUAUAACCCGUGGCUACCAGGGGAAGAUGUACGCGACGACCAUGUUAUCCUUUGUGGCCAUGGACGCAUCCAACCUGGCGCCGGCGGUCGAGAGGGCGGACAUGACGCCCCCACCCCCGUGCCCAGUCCAUACUGCGUACAAGUGCUACCCGGUGCCGUGUCCCGAUGGCGAGCUCUUCUUGGUGCGCUGCUGCAUCUUUGGGUGCCCGCAGGCCGUGGUGGAUGUGAAGGUUUUUCGAUGGAACGACGGAGAAAAUGCGUGGGAGACGGUCGAAACCAUCGGGGACAAAACGUUCUUUGUAGGCAGGUUUAAUUUUGUGGUCCCAUCAGCGACUGAAGCAGGAACCCAACCUAACUGCAUCCAUGUGCUGCGUGAAGUUUGCGGUGAAUUUGGUAUCUACACCGUGUCUCUGGAUGAUGCGACCAUUUGGCUCAGUUUAGUCGAGGGAUGCGACGAUGAUGAUGAUGAUGGUGAGGACCAGGUUUUCUGGGCUCUUCCCACUAGCUUUGGUCUGGAAGCAGCACGAACUAUCCAAACUUCUGAUAAUGUCUCCAACGAAGUGACGCAUACAAGAAUUGAACAUUGCUGCGGAGAGCAAGAAAAAGAGGACAUGACGAUGAGCACUGUGAGGCGGUGGUCUGAUCUCCAUACUGACUUGUUACAGUUACUAGUACCGAAGAUUUCAUUCAUCGAUUUACUACACCUGAAAGCUGUCUGCAAGCAGUGGAACUCCAUUAAGAGCCCGAUCCAGCAUGCAAAAGUGUCGCCAUUGCUGAUGACAACUCGGCCAGCAAGAAGGACCAAGGAGGACCUUAUCGAGAUCUUCGAUCCAGUCGGCGAGAAGAAGUAUAGUAUCAGGGUAAAUAUCCCUACUUCGGGUCUCAAAUCUCAAGGGUCGCAGUUACUGCAUUUCACAAAGAACGGUUGGGUCAUCGUGUCGAGAGGCGGCGACCGCAUGUUCUUCCUAGUGAAUCCGUUUAAGAACUACCCUAAUGGUGGCCAUGUGAUUGCUCUUCCACCUUUGGAUGUCAUUGGUCUCAAAGGAUUGUCGUUUUCUUCGGUGCCGGGUUCUCCGGAUUUUGUGGUUCUUGCCGCAGGAUCUACCCCAAGCGGCAAAGUUCUCAUGAUAAAGACAUGGCGAAUGGGAGAUGAACAGUGGAAGGAAGAAUUCCUAAGCGACGAUGACGCGCCGUUCUUCAUGGCAUCACACAGCCCUGUCUUCCUAGACGGAGUAUUCUAUUUUCUAGACAUCAACGGAAGGCUUGGAGUCAUAGACCCGAACGAGGACGAGAUGGAGUUUAGCGUCCUGAAAAAGCCGGAUCAACCGAUACGUGGGAGCGAUGACGUGCAUCUUGAGGAAUGGGACUACAACUAUCUGGUGGAGUGGAAGGGGGAGCUAAUCGCCAUUUUCAGGGAGAAUGGUGAUGCAUCAGUCAGAAUGUUCAAGCUAGAAAGGUCUCAGAUGGUUUGGUCGGAGUUGCAAGAGAUGGAGGACGCGGCCGUGUUCUGGGAUAGGAGAAAUGCUCUGAUUGUUGUGCCACCCCCCGAAGAAGAUUUGUGCAACAAGAUGUUCCUACCAAACUAUAAUGAGACCGAUGGCGGUGGCAGGCUGCACACGUUCUACUCAUUUCGGGAGCAAUGCUAUUGCCCUUCCUUCUGUGCCAAAGAGCCCAUGAAUGCCAUAUGGUUCCAGCUAGACUUGGACGUACUUACGGCGACUGAUCGGUAGUGCAUGUUAUUUCCCAUUUGACCGAAGAUCCUAGACAAGUGUUCUUGGAAAUUCCAUUGUAGGUAGCCAAGGAAGAAGCACUGCACAGGGCCUAAACAUUUUUGUCAUGAAACAACUAAAAAGUAUCUUGGGAUGUUUAAAAUUUGAUUUA